UAUUUUGCAAAACUUUUUAGACUUGUUUACGAUCGCUUAAGUACGUUUAAAAUCUUAAAAAUAAACAAAAAGGAGCAUGUCUACAUCGAAUAACGAAGGCGGUGCGGGCAAUUUAAUGGACGAAUUCGAGGAAGCUUUUCAGGCCUGUUUGCUGUCGCUAACAAAACAGGAACCCAACUCUGGCACCAAUAAGGAGGAAAUCGAGCUGGAUGUGCAAAAAACAACAAAUCGUUUUAUUGAUGUGGCACGCCAAAUGGAGGCAUUCUUUCUGCAAAAACGAUUUCUUGUUUCCACUCUGAAACCCUAUAUGCUCAUAAAGGAUGAGAAUCAAGAUCUCAGCAUUGAGAUACAACGCAAAGAAGCGUUGCUGCAAAAACACUAUAAUCGUCUGGAAGAGUGGAAGGCCUGUCUGUCGGACAUACAGCAAGGACACAAUCGCCCGACGCCGCCCAUGAUGCCAGGGCCAUGCCCUGCUGGCAUGCAGCCUAUGGGCGGCCCCGGACCGCGACCUGGCUUAAUGAGCGGCAUGCCACCGGGCGGAAUGCCGUCCGUAGGUCAACUGCCCGCAGGACAACAGCAUUUACUGCAGGCGCAGCAAAUGCAGCAGCUGCGCAUGAUGGGCAAACUGCCGCCCAAGUGAUUAUCUAUUAUAGCAUGUAAUAUAAAGCAUAAGUUAUACAAGUUUUAAUAAACGAAAACC